AUGAAGUCUCCAAGGAUGAGAGUCUGUGCCAGGUCGGUCUUGCUGUCUCACUGGCUCUUUCUGGCCUAUGUGCUAAUGGUGUGCUGUAAGCUGAUGUCUGCCUCCAGCCAGCACCUCCGGGGACACGCAGGUCACCACCAAAUCAAGCAAGGGACCUGUGAGGUGGUCGCAGUUCACAGGUGCUGUAACAAGAACCGCAUAGAGGAGCGAUCACAAACGGUCAAGUGUUCUUGCUUCCCAGGACAGGUUGCUGGCACAACUCGGGCUCAGCCUUCUUGUGUUGAAGCUUCCAUUGUGAUUCAGAAAUGGUGGUGUCACAUGAAUCCUUGUUUGGAAGGAGAGGAUUGCAAAGUGCUGCCAGAUCACUCAGGUUGGUCCUGUAGCAGUGGCAAUAAAGUCAAAACUACAAAGUUUCCCCUUUAUGAGUAUUUGGAAUUACUCGCGCUCUCAAUCAUUUUCAACCCCUGA